ACGCCGAACAGAAUAGCCAGGAUUUCGGACAGUGGCAGCCACACAGGUUAGCAGCAGCAGAGAAGGGAACGGAAGAGCAGAGCGCGCCAUGUCCCUGGUCGCCGCGUGCGCCGCCGGAGCGCGCGCCUCCCUGCUUUCCUCCUCUGCAAUUUCCUCUUCCCGCCCAUGCCCGGCUCUCGCCCGCCACAGCCGCGCGUAUAGGCCCCUUGUCUCGCCGGCGGCGAGCAGGGGAGGCCGCCCCAGUACGCGUCUCCGGGUGCGCGCAGCCAGGCUGGAGUCCACCGGCGUCUCCGUGGGCUUCCGCGCUCCCCAAUUCGAGCUCCCGGAGCCCCUAACGGGGAAAAUCUGGACACUGGAUGACUUCGAGGGUAGCCCUGCUUUGCUGGUUAUGUUCAUAUGCAAUCACUGUCCAUUUGUAAAACAUCUGAAAAAAGAUAUUGCAAAGCUCACUUCAUUCUAUAUGGAGAAAGGACUUGCUUCUGUCGCCAUAUCCUCAAAUUCAAUUGUGACACAUCCCCAGGAUGGCCCCGAGUACAUGGCGGAGGAGGCAAAAUUGUUUAAAUACCCUUUUCCUUAUUUGUAUGAUGAGUCUCAAGAAGUUGCUAAGGGUUUUCGAGCAGUCUGCACACCAGAGUUCUACUUGUUCAAAAAGGAUGGGCGAAGGCCAUUUGAACUUUUUUACCAUGGGCAAUUUGAUGAUUCAAGACCCAGUAACAAUGUGCCAGUCACCGGAAGAGAUUUAAGCCGUGCAAUCGACUGUGCACUUAGUGGCCAAGAAUUGCCUUUCGACCAAAAACCAAGUGUCGGGUGCAGCAUCAAGUGGCACAAGUGAAGAGCUUGUUCCGUUGACGACAAGCAGAUGAUUUUUGUUUUUCUCCCUCGAAUUGAAACACGCGAUCAAGGAGGCGGCACCUGUAUUUAUGCAGUGCUGACGUUUCUGUUGGCGCUUGGUGGAGCGGACUUAUGCGCCGGUGGUGAUUGUUGGGGAUCAGAAUUGUGGAUAAACAGAUUGUUGGCGUCGGAGGUUGUUUUGUUGUGUAUUACAGACAAAGUAGCAGUGCAGAGCCUGGCAACCCAAAUUCUACCCGUAGCUCUCUGAGGGGCUUAAUUAGAACUGCUGUGAUAAACAAACACAAGGAAAUAGUACCAACUGUUGAUGUAUCAGUACUUCAAACCUAUGUGGACCACUGCCCUACUGCUAUAUGGUUUGUAGAUGACAAACUAACCUGCAUAUAAACAGAGAGCAUCAGCUAAA